AUGGUGCAGCGCGACCUCGUAGAAGGGGUCGGGGUGAAACCGAUCCCCAUGAAGCAAAAGAGCGAGGUGGCCAAGGUCACCGAGCACGUGAUUAACCGGUUGGAGUUGCAAUCGAGAAAGCAGCUUAAGUCGGUGCGGACAGACCGGGGCAAGAAGUACGUCAACAAGGCCCUUGAAGACGUUUUCGGGGGCAAGGGGACGGUACACGAGAAAACCGCCCCCUAUACCGCCGAGCAGAAUGGGUCGGCGGAACGGCUUAAUCGGGAUCUGGAGGAGAAGACCUAG